AUGAUACCCCGGGGCCUGCUGGCCCUCGUCACCUGCGCGAUCUGGUCAACAGUGGCCACGGCAUACCCCAAUCCCGCAGACCACAGCACUCACGGCAGUUUCAUAAAUCGCAAUGCUCCAGACCCGCUGUGGCAGAAGUACGGCCUAAAUCGCUCUGACGAAUUCAAGUACUUCCACGAACCGGGCCGCGACGACACGUUAGGUCACUAUGAUUCGCGAUUCUUCCAGGGGGAGCCGGUUCCGGACGCGGAACGAUCCAUCACGCUGACACAUAUGAUCCGAGCGUAUCUGAACUUCUUUGAGGACAAUGGGCUAGAAACAUGGAUUGCGCAUGGCACAUUGCUGGGGUGGUGGUGGAACGGCAAGAUCAUGCCCUGGGACUGGGAUAUCGACACACAAGUCAUGGACACCACCUUGUUACAUCUCGCCGACCGUUUCAACCAGACCGUUGUGCAGUAUACUACCACCAACCCCACCGUCGAGCGUCGGUACCUUCUUGACGUGAACCCUUGGGCACGUCAGCGCGAUCGCGGCAUGGGACUGAAUAUCAUUGAUGCGCGCUGGAUCGACAUCAGCACGGGGUUGUACAUCGAUAUUACAGGGCUGAGCCGACUCCAGGCCGAUAAGCCGACGGAGUGGGAGUGUAAGAACGGACACAAGUACGAAACACAGGAUAUUUACCCACUGCGGACAUCGACUUUCGAGGGCGUGACAGCCAAGGUGCCGUUCCGUUAUGAUGCAGUUCUGACGGAAGAAUAUUCAAAGACGGCGUUGACCGCAACGCAGUUUCAUGAUCACACGUGGGAUCCAACCCUCGAGGAGUGGGUGCCAGAUGAGCCGGCCGCAAAGGACGACCGGCAGUAUGAGUGA